AUGGCUUCUUUGCUUGUUGAUGCGUCUCAAGAAGAAUCACAAUGGGCUUGCAUCUCAGAGCUAGCCUCGCAACUGGCCUCUGUGAUGAAUACUGGAGGUGAUACUGAGAAUAGUUUCCUGGUUUUGAAGCCUUAUUAUACUUGCCUUCUGCGUGAUCCUCGACUUUAUACAUUCUCGGACCAGCUGAUCCAGGCCCUGCUACAUCAUGUAUCUAAGGUCGAUAACUGCAACAUACACCAACUACUGUCCAUCCUGAAACGCCAUUCAAAGCGAAUACUUCAGGGGCUUGAUCGCUCUUCGCUGCGUUGCCUGGCAUAUUUACUGCUCAAUUCAGACGAGGAAACAAGAUUGAAGAAUGGACUUCAUCUGCUGCUGGAUGAACCACAAUACAUGAAGGACUCGGGACAUAUGGCCGGCAAAUUGUUUCUGGAGAUACUUUCGGAGCCAGAGCACAAUCAAGCUUCCCUCAUUACAUCCCAAGAUGUGGACAUGUCACGACUCUCGUACAUCAUACUCAAUGGCAACUGUGCCUUGAAACUGCUCGCAGCAAUCAUAAUUCAUGCGCUACAUAACAUGGGAGUGAGCGACGAAGUUCUCUGGCCGCCAGACAAUAGCACGGAUAGAGGCAGGUUCUUUGAUACUAUGCCGUCAUAUGAAGAUGAUCCGCUGCAGCACUUUCAAAUCUUAUUCGAUACGGUUGUCCUAUCAGAUGCGGCAAUGCCAUCUAAAUCGAUAGACUUAAGUACGACGUCCCAGCUUCGACGAUGCUUUCUCCUUUACGCAAUAGGCAUCGACACGACGCUCCUGAUUGAAGGAAUCGUUCUCGCCAUGAUCGGUGAUGGAUGCUUGACGUUCAUGAGCUAUCGACAGGACACAGCGAGAAUGUGCCUAGAAUACGUUGACGUCUACACUCAGAGCAUUUGUCUACCAGUGCGCUCGGUUACGGACAAAACUAAGACAUAUCGUCUAAUACUAGACCUGUCUCAGCAUAUACUAAUCGUGAAAAGCGGCAAACGCCUAUGCUUCGGGGGCCAAACUUUGAGCAUAUUGUCCGAUGAAGAUCCUUGCGACUUGCGAAUGGCCAUUGAGGAGUUCUGUCGGAAUGACCGAACCUCUGUAGAUACAGAUAGUGUAUUCCGGAGGUCUUCUUCAAUGGUGAUGGAACUGGAUACAGGCGAUGAAGUCGCAAGGAAAUCUUCUGGAAUUCCACCCAACAAUAUACAGGGGCAGGAGGGACCCUGCACAGGUUUCGUCUCGAUACAAAAGCCUCAGCAAGUGCUGGAGAAACACUCAGAAGUGCCCGAGGAAGGCAAUACUAAUAAUGAGAACCUGGCACAUGUUCUUUCAAAGCGUAACAGCUCUCAGGAUUAUCAGCGGGCACAUUACGCGGGUGAACCUCCCAUGCCAACAUCAAACCCAUCACUGACCAGAGUACCGGAGAAACCAAUCGGCAGAUUUGCACCAAAACCAGAUACUGAAAGAAGAAGAAGAACAGGUCGCUUGCGGAGUGGGAACAGAGGAAAAAACCAUCUAUCUAAUACUCAAGAGUCUAUGGUCAUAUAUACGCGACAUCCCAAACAGAAGGUAUAUACAGCCAGCUCCAAAGCUGCUGUUGACUGGGACGAGGAUCUCCGACCUAGCGAUAAUGAAGCGAGACAACCUCUCAAAGACGCAGACAUAACUUCAAUUUCAUCCCCCAUGCCUGGUGAGACGUCUCUUACCGGCAGUCAUCUGGCAAUUCCGGGCAAAAAGAGAGCAGCCAAAGGAAGGAAACUAGCCACAAAGCGCAAGAAUAAAUCAUCUCGUCCUACAAAAAAGAUCGGAAACAUUACCAAUAAAUCGACAGCAGCGUUACCACUUGCAGAAGAUGCCGACAACCACAACCGAAAGUCACAACACAUACUAGGAUCAGGUGAUGACAUAAAGAAGCUGAUACUUUGUUCCAGCAACGGCCGCUCUGAAAGCAUUGACGAGGAGAGAAAUGGAGCAGGUGCCACGGCCAAAUGUGCCGAGCUCUACCCAGAUAAUGACUUCGUUAGAUAUGACUCUGCUACACCACAACAAGAAGAGAACCGCACUAGAUCACCUCGAAUUCAACCCUGCAGGAAAAAUGAAAGAUUCUUAAGCCACCAGCAUCAGCUAUCUACAAGUAAGAUGGAUGACAACGAUCAUCAGUUGAAUUCUCCAGAGUGCCAUCCGACCCCACAAGGACUCCAGGGCAGGGGCCGUGCAGUUGGGAACAAGCUGUCUGCAGCUUUUCAGCGAGGAGACCCUUCAUCAGGCACCGGCGGACAUAAAGAAAACAGCUUAGAGCAUAUUAAGACCCAAAACAAGCCGAGAAACGAAAACGGGCUCGUUUUGUCAGACAUAUCAUAUGCUUCCGUGGGAGAGAGUGGUGUACAGGAGAAAUUCGAGUCCACGGAGUCUGUCAUAAAAAGAUAUGCCAUUUAUGAUAAGUUGCCCUUAAGUACACCAAAAGAGCAAUUCACGGGCAGGUUUGAGGAUGACAUUUAUGCAGAAGGUUCUGUCGCAAGGCACAUGAGCAGGAGCAGUUCUUUCAAUAUCGACAACAAGGAGCAAAAAACGGUGUCUCAGUCAGCUGGCUCCGCUGUAUCAAGUCCAUUAUGUGCAGAGGACGAUCGUUCCGAUGCAGAAAUUCCCUCUGAAGUUUGCCCUGGAAGCCUCGGGGCCGCGCAGAAUAUUUGCAGUUCUGACAUGCAUGAAAACACCUCUGAAGGCAUAAGAAGCCCGCAGGCUAGGCCAGAGAAGAGAAGGAUAGCUGCGCUCAGUUCGGAUGGCAUGCGAGAUGACCCACCUACAAGGGACCAAGCCUCGGAAAAUGCUUUCAAGGAAGAAUCCAGGCGGCUUGUUCGCAAAGAUCACUUGUAUCCCACGAAAAGAUUGAAAGUCACCCCCAGAUCAACCAUCGUUGAUUCUGAUGGAAGCCCCCGCCUUCUGUUCCGUAUUAGAAGUGGAUGCAUCGUUGACAGGACCGGCGUGGACGAAACGUAUCCACAAGUGUCAGGCACGAAAUACAGGUCCUCCACCAGGGAGCACGUUCGGGAGAUCCUGAGAGAUGGGGAAUUUGGUGCACAAGAUGACGAUCUAUCUGCUUCAUGCGAGCGAAACGUAAUUCUAGGAUUAAAGCAGUCCGGGACCUGCACGAACAGAGAGAAGGAAGUACUGACUUUCCAGGAUCGUCUAAUGGCAUGUGCAGGUAAACCUACAUCAAGCAAGACCCCGCUUAGAAAUCCCGCACGAUCAAGUCCUGAUGCACAUUUGACAUUGGGAUGCGAUGACAAGCCUCAUGCGACAUGCAACUCCCUACCUCGGGCGACAAUAGUUCCAAACCAAUUAUCGGCGCAGCCAGGUUUGCCCAAGUCGGAUAAUAUCGCAGAUGGUGUCCUGGAGCACACCAGCUGGCAGACCUCCCUGCAGGCGCUUCACAAAAGAGCGCAAGGCAUGCUUCUUGCGACCAGCGAGCAUAUAAUACAAGAAAUUGAGAGCGAGAAAAAGACCAUCAACGAAGUUUUGGAGAUGUAUCGGCGAGAUUGCCACCGAGUGCUGGAUCAGCUCUUCGAGGCCCAAGAAGAACGAAUAAGACUGUGCCAGCAACAGAUGCACUCCAUUCGCGAACACCAUACCGAAGUAUGCCAGGAGUUGAUGCAGCGUCUAGAGCGGGACGAGAAGCAGCUUCAGGAUCGCAUGCAGUUGAGAAAAUGA